CUAAGAAAGACUACUGAAUGAACAAACUGAGAUGUAAUGUGAGUAAAAAUCAUGAUAGAGAUGAAUGACUACAACAUUACAGGUAAUUCAUUCAUUCUUAAGAUGUACAAAUGUAUGAAUUCAUUAUUACCUUUAUGAGCUUCGCUGAAAAAGAGAAAUGAACCUACCUCCAGGUGGGACAGCUCCAGUUCUUACUUGGGUUACUUAGAUGCUGAGAAAGUGCAUUUCCAAGGAGAAAAAAGAAAAGAGCAAAUAUAUCAUACACUGAACGUCCCGGAUUCACUCGUUCAAAUGAGAAUGCCUUCUAUUUAUUCGAGCAUGAGUUUAGGUAACAAAUAUUUCAGAAAAUUAUAUUACACAAACGAGGAUUUAUGUUUCUAUAAUGACAACUAUAAUUUUACCGACAUUAAGAUUAUACAAAACGAAAAGUUCAGCUGAAAUAAGUAUUUUUACUGCAACACCUAUAAAUAACAAUUAAAUUUUGGUUUUCAUAAUGGGUCCUCGAAAUUCAGGUAAAGGUCAUGACAAGCACAAUUUUAAAGGACAGAAAGCAUUAAAAUUUCCUUUGCCUCUUGCAAUGUGGGAUUUUGGCCAUUGCAACCCGAAUGCUUGUUCUGGGAAAAGGUUAGAAAGACUUGGUUGCAUACGAAAUUUGCGAAUUGGUCAAAAGUUUAAAGGAGUCGUGGUCACACCGAAUGGCAAGUCACCAGUUUCUCCUGCUGACCGGGAAAUUUUUGACAAUGGCGGUGCGAGCGUCGUCGAAUGUUCUUGGGCUAAAAUAGAUGAGAUACCCUUCUCAAGAAUUGGAGGUCGGUGUGAACGCUUAUUACCCUACUUGGUCGCUACAAAUCCCAUCAACUAUGGACGUCCUUGGAGACUGAAUUGCGCAGAAGCUUUGGCAGCAUGUAUGUAUAUUGUUGGAUAUAAGGACGAGGCCCGGUUGUUGAUGGAAAAUUUCAAAUGGGGCCAUGCUUUUUUUGAUGUCAAUGAAGAGCUUUUAGAUAUUUAUGCCUCCUGUAAAGAUUCGGAUGAUAUUCAACAAAAACAAAAACAGUAUCUGGAAGAUAUGGAAGAAUCUUAUCGAGAGCAGCGAACUACAGACUUUGGAGACAUUUGGACUCAAGGAAAUCUGAACCAUAAGCCAAUUGCUGUUAGUAACGAUACAUCCAGCAGUUCCUCAGAUUCGGAGAGCAUUGAAGAAACAAAUCUUGCGGAAGAAACUACGAAUACUCGCGAAGAUUCCGAACAAAUUGCAAAUGAACCAACUGAAGAAGACGAUGAUCUUUGGAGAAAUAUUGUUCGUAUGAAGCUAAAAGCAUAAAAUUGAUAAUGUUUUAAACAAAAAAGAAAAGUUUUAAUUCUCGAAUGCAAGAAUGUUCUUUGCAAACAUUUACAUAAUACUUUUAAUAACAAUGGAAAAGAAAGGUUCGAUCUUUCAAGGAAAGAUUUGUAAAAAAAGAAAAAGAAAGAAAAACUUUUUU